CUGUAGCUCUAGGGAAAUUAUAACAAUGAUUCAAUUAAGCCGAAGAGUUCGCUCAAUGCUUUCUUUGGGCCUCAACUGUCUUGCCCUCUGCUUUUCUGUGUCGGCUUUCAGCACCAGCUAUUGGUGUGAAGGGACUCACAAAGUGGUGAAAUCACCCUGCCUUUCCGUGGUCAAGAAAGGGAACUGCGCACCCAACAACAGCAAUGGGACUGUGGAUGCCAAUGAGACGGCGGAUCCCCACAAAGUCCAAUACAUUUGGGAGACGGGUGAAGACAAGUAUGCUUUUCAGUAUUUCCACACGGGUUUUUGGCUGUCGUGUGAAGAACAUCAUGGAGAGGAGAAGUGUCGGAGUUUCAUUGAGCUGCCUCCAGAGUCAGAACAAGGAGUGCUGUGGCUCUCUGUUGCUUCCGAAUUUCUUUAUAUUAUCCUGUUGAGUAUUGGAUUCUUGCUGAUGUGCUUAGAUGCUAUCUACUAUGCCAACUUCAUUGAUGGUCUCAAGAUCAACGCUUUCGCAGCUGUGAUCACUGUUUUGUCAGGUCUCCUGGGCAUGGUGGCCCACAUGAUGUACAUGACUGUCUUUCAGGUAGCUGUAAGCCUGGGGCCAAAAGAUUGGAGGCCCCAGACAUGGUAUUAUGGAUGGUCCUUUGGCUUGGCCUGGCUCUCUUUCACUCUCUGCAUGUCAGCCUCGGUGCUGACCCUCAACACUUACACCAAAACUAUUCUGGAGUUCAAGUACCGUCGGCAGAUUUUUGAGAAAUAUACGGCAUCAACGGGAAGCAUUCGAGGUUCCAACUCGCCAGCAUUUGACCCUGACCUGGAGCGUUUCCUGUGGGAGAAAUACAUCUUCAGUGUCAGUGAAUCCCUAGACUUCUCCGCAAGCCCACCUGGCCGCUUAGUUCUCAGUGGGGGCCGAAAGGAGUGUUCAGGUGGAUAUGCUGGACUCCCAAGAAGUCACAGUGGAGACACCAAGGAUGAAGAUGAUGGGGAACCUUGCUGAAGAGAUGAUGUUGUGUAGAAAAAGAGAGCCUUGUCCAU